CGUACUUCCCUAUGCGGUCGUCAAAGUUAGUUAUCAAUAAAUUACACGCUAGCUGUUAUAUUGUGUUUCGUUUAUAACAACACAUGUGUGAUACUGUAACUGUUUAAAAGAAAAAGUGACCAAGUAGCUAUGGCGGCAAGAAUGGCUAGCUUGUGGCGUCACUCUUUGAAGACACGCCCCGUGUUGACCAACACUGUGGUCUACGCAAGCUUCUACACCGCAGCAGAACUGUCGCAGCAAACUUUCAAUAAAAUUUAUUCGACUGAGAAACCUGAUAUAGACUUAAUAUCUGCGGGUCGUAUAGUAGCUGUAGGCAGUUGCCUCUAUGCCCCAACUUUAUAUUUUUGGUACCGGUUUCUGGACCGCAAGUUUGUUGGAACGACCCUGAAGACAGUGCUAACAAAAGUAACAUCUGAUCAGCUCCUUAUGACGCCAGUUCUGCUAGCUGCUUUCUAUACAUUGUUAGGAGUGCUCGAGCGUAAAGAAGACGUAUUUGAGGAGUUGAAGCAGAAAUACUGGAAGACGUUCUUAGCUAAUCAAGCAUUCUGGAUCCCGGGACAGCUCAUCAACUUUACUUUUGUACCAUCUCACUUACGUGUGGUGUAUGUGGCGUCGGCCUCAUUUCUAUGGAUUAACGUGUUAUGUUUUAUCAAGAGGCAGAAAGUGGACAAGGAAUAAGGCUUUUAAUAAGUAGACCAAUGACAUCAUGACAGAAUUUGGAACACCUUUUUAUAACGUCUAUUAUUGAAAAAAAUAACGAGUUGCCCUCCUGGAGUGCCGGCAAGCAGAAUAUUUUGUAAUCGUUAGGGAAUAAUUUCACACGAAAAGCUUUAUUUAUCAUUAUAAAAGUACUAGCAUUUAUGUGGUUGAAUACAAUAUUCAUUUAUUGCGCUAUCGUACACAAAAAUUCCAAUUUAUAUAACAUAAAAAAAAUUAACACUUGAACUAUUGCAAUUAUUUUACAUUAAAAAUCUUUGAUUAUCUCUCAGAAAAAUCAACUUUCAUUCAUAAUCUUACGAAUGUUCGAUCACGUCACGUAUCCUAACGCGAGAUUAACAUUUUAUACCCAUCCUAAAAAACGUACUCAAUACCGCUAAAGAAGUUUUCACUUCAAAAAUAAUUUAUUUAUUUUGAUUGAAGAGGAGGACAAACGAAAAUACGGGUCUUGUAUGAAAAUACAAUCAUUAUCUUAUUUGUAUUUUUGUCAUUAAAUGUAGUUUUUGUUUCUGAAGUUACAUAAAAGAAAGCUGUUGAAAUAUAGGUAAAAACCGUUUUUGAACAAUUCGAAUUAAGAUGUUUUGAUAUAUCUAUAAUGUAAUACAUUAUACUCUUUUAUACAUUUUAUUUAAUACAUGCCCUAUAUCUUUCUACGUAACAGAUUUUUUCGACAUAAUUUUGCCAGCCUUUUGUAUUCCCGGUGAAAUAAUUAACACGUAUAGUAUACCUAUAGGCUAUAUUAAAACUGUGUGUACUUUUAUUUCCGUUCCAGGAUAAUAAUAAAAAUAUUGACACGCGUAGAGUAUAGAAAAACCAACUCUUUGAUUAUACAAAGUAAAUUUGUAACCUCUCACGUUGUGGCAGCAAGCAAGUAAGCAGGUUAUAAACUGUAAAGUAACUGUUGAUGAAGCAACAACUAGACAUACCAGGAGUUGAACAAAACAUACCAAGAUUUACGAACCAUGCGUCACUCGAACGGUUGGCUCAGUUGGAAAUAGCGCUCGGAUGGAACCCGAAAUUUUGCGGAUUCGAGUCCCCAUCGCUCAUUAAUUUUGGUUACAAAUUAAAUAAGUACAGGGUGGACCAAAAGUCCGUUCAUAAUUGGAAUGAUGAUUAAAAAAAAACUAAUUACAGUAGAUCAAAACUGUUUAUUGUUUUCGAUAGUAAACAAAAGGGCAAUUUAUUUUUGAAAACUCACAUCAUACAUAUGCAAUCCUUCAAUAUUCUGGCAUUGCUGCAAUCUAGAGCGGAAAUUUUCGAUGACAGCUUUACAUGUUUCUGUUGAGAUGUUUUGGAUUUCUGUGCGAAUACGAUCCUUUAAUUCGUCAAAAGUUACUGGGUUGGUUGGCUGGAAUGCAGAGGUUUUUGAUCACCAUGACAUAAUGUCACUCCAAUAACGACAAUUUUGUCUAUUAACAUGCCCAUUUAGGUGGAAGUGUGCCUAGUUGAGAAAAAAAUGUUUGUAAAACUGGUGAAUCGCUCUACCAUUUCGUUCGCAAACUGCAACCUAGUGGCAUGGUCCUGAGGCCUUAAUUCCUGCACCAUUUGGAUUUUAUAGGAAUGUAGGCUUAAAUCUUUCUUGAGAAUGCGGUUUAAUACAUCAUUAUCUUGGCACGUUAAGGACAGCAGACCGCUUUCGAGUUGAUAGUCCAGGUUGGUCACGAACAAACGAUUUUACUCGCUCCACGAUUUCGGGGUCCCUCGACGUUUUAGGCCGGCCAGAUCGAGGUAAAUCGCUAUGGGUAUAUAGGUAAGACGCCAUGGUAUUAAAUCUCUACCCCCCUCCGCCGCCGUUGCUAGACGUGGCAACCAAUUCAAAUGUAAACGGACUUUUGGUCCAUCCUGUAUAAUUAAUCCAAGAUGUGCGGGAUAUCACUUCAAAAAUCACAAAUUAUUAAAGUCUUUAUAAGCACAUUUGCGUGAAUGUAAGUGCCUUAAAAAGAUUUUUAUUUUUUAAAAAACUUGAUUAUAUAACUAAAAUAUUUUAUGUAAGUAUAUUUUAUUGUACAGGGUGUAAAUCAAGUAUCUCCUAAAACUGACAAGUUGCAAUCAGAUAAUAGUUAAGAAUACAUCAAAAAUUCUAACAAAUUAUUAAUAAUUAUAAAAUUGAUGGCUUGGACUGCUUAUAAUUGGCAGCUACUACAUGGUAUUGCUAAACAUUUUUGAUCAUAACACCGAAAAUCAUUAUCUGUAGUAAUUGUAUUUGUUUGUAAUUCCUUCGAAUUUUCAUUUAUAAUAUAUUGAGAAUUACGGAUUGAUUGCAAAUUUUACGGUUUUAGGAGGUACCUACUUUGUAGGUACUUUUCUACGUCACAGAUAUUUUGACAGCCGCCCCUAAUGGUCGUUCCCAAUAUACUAUCUUCAGAUAGAGAUAAAUUACUAGCUUCUACUGUCAGUAAUUAGCUGUCAAUAAUCUGAAGCUGUCCCAAUAUACCUGAUAAGUCAUUCUUAUCACCUUAUAUUGGGACGCGUGAAUUGCAAUUUCCAUACAAACUUCUAUCGCUGGUUAGCUAUACGUCGUCCCAUUGACAGACAGCGUGUACGGAUAAGGUGAGUUACCGUCGAUAAGUUUAUUGGGACAGAAAAGUCAACGAUAGUUACGAUUUUUAUGUCAAGUAAGAGAUAGACUGAAUAUUGGGAACAGGCGUAAUUCCAAUGGUUGUAUAUUUAAAGGAAGCAAUGAUGUUCUAUACACGUAUUAUAAGGACAUAUCAUUCGCAUUCUGACAGGGCAAUAAAGUAUACUUAAAGACCAGUUGAGCACACUUUUCUGUUAGUCGUGUGUCAACUAUCACUAUCCGAAUCGGUUUAUAAAAAACAUACGUAACCAAGAACUGAAUAAAUGUAUUACAUUGCUGCUUAUUAACCAAGAAUAUUUUAAACAACUGGAGUAAAUGCGGCAAUGUAUAACUAUAGCAGUCGAAGUACAUUUUGGCUUUGUUUUUAUACGACGUCAUUUGUCUAUUUUAGUCUCAGAUAUUAUGCAUUGAACGCCAUAGAAUGUAAGUAUA